AUGGUCAACAAAGGGGCGCUUCUUUUGACCAAUCUAAACCAUGUGUCUGGCAAUUCAGACAUCUCCACUGGCCUAUGUCUCCUGAUGCUUGAUGCACUACUAUGGGACGAUAGUUACACUAGUUGGCAGGGAUGGCAACCAGCUGCUGGAGACGGCCGAGAAUCGCAGAGUGGGAAGUCCAGCUGCUGGAUGUGCAAAGAGAAGAACUGGCCCCACGAUCCAAAGCAACGCCGCUGGCUGCGGACGCCAGCUGGUCUAUCCGAACAUGCAGAGGCCGAAGAACGCAUCUGCGUCAACUGCUACGUGUACACAGAACGACGCAUGAACCCGGAGAGCUGCCGCCCACUCGUAAUCGGCAAGGGGAUUUGGACUGCAGACGCUGUCGUCGAAGCACGAAGAGCUCCAAAACCGUUGGUAUGGGACCAGACGGAAGCAGCCACAAUAGGCACUGAGGCUGAAAACCUGGCGAGUCUAAGAGACCAAGACUUCACCUGCCCCGUGCGCGACAAACGGGAGCCAUGCGAGACCUGGCAAGCCAAUACGUGGCAGUCAAAUCCCCUUGCGACUGUUAAGGGCAUGUCGAAGGAUGAUUUUGCCCACAUCUGCGCUGGCUGCAAGUCCCUGUUCUUCAUCUUCUGCAACGGCGACGCAGAUCAGACGGCGUGGGUGUCGCGUCGUCGGCGGUAUUUGCGACCUGUGGGGAGAUGGCACCACGAACCGCUUCAACUCGACCAAAGCACUCCAACGUUUGGCGAGAAAUCUUGCCGACCUGAAGGUCAAGAUGGCCAUACUGCUUGGCAACGAUGGCGAUUGCACUUGCUGCAACGCCCACAUCUGGGACGAGUCGGACCUGAAGCCUCCGGUGGUGACCAUGGUCUCGCGAGAUGA